UAUUCCGAUUAUAUCCUAGUACCUUCUUGUACCGUCUCCAUCUCAAAAACAUAAGUCCUGGGCCAUUGCAUGCGUAAAACCUGGUUGCUCUAAGAGAAAUGAAGCGAUACCUCCUCAUCAUUGUUUGUUACUUAACGUGCGUGAAUAGCGAAAAUUACAUCGAAGACUACUGCUGGCGAGAUUACAACGGCGAAACUCCCUUGGAUGCUUACAAGUGCGGCACCGAUCGCAAUGGAGAUCCAAUUUACGUUGGUCAAGCUUUGUUCGAGAACAAGCUGAUUCCUGGCAAAAUUCACUAUGGCGACACGAAAGUACACUUCGAAUUCUACAGAGCGUACACAGCAAACGAGAGCGUAAAGAUAUUAUGUGCACGUCACCCAGAAAGAUUUCAGUGGAUUAAAGUGAAAUAUUAUGAAGUCUUCCGAAUGACUGAUAAACAUUUCUUUCAAGGCGGCUACGAAAAAGGCUACGAUACGUACAUUGGCAGAGCACAGUCCCAUGGAGAAUUAACCGUUGGAAAAGUAAUAUGCAGUCAAACAAAUUGCAUAAGACUGACUACAAUCGAAAACGGAUCUUGGUAUGACCACGACGAGUUCGAAAUUCUCGCUUACAACCCGGAUGCCGUACUUUACCAAAAUCCGUAUCUCGUGGAGGGAGCGCAAACGUUUGUACCUUAUUUAUUAUUACUUCUAAUGAUUAUAUUCCUAUUAGCCAUUCUAUUUAUUACUCUUAGACGAUGUUAACCGUUAUGCAAUGUUUUGGAAUUGAUCCUGUGAUAACAUGUGACCUAGGAAAUUUUUGUUGAAAAUCUUUAAUUUAUGCAAAAGAAAUUUGCAUUUACAAUUGUUAUUCUUCAUAAUACUACAUAUAAGGUGAAUGGAAUUAAAAACUUAAUAUUGUAGAGUAUUCAAAGACAACCUCAUUAAAGCUAAUGAUUAAA